AUGAGCUCUCACGCCAUGAACGCGUCGCCCUGGGUCAAGCUCGACGCCGACGGCGGCAGCACCAGAUCGCCGCGCAGGGUCGGACUCGGACUCGGCAGCACCGACCUGAGCAACGCCAUGGGCGCACCGCGUCCUCGACAAGGCGGCGCAGUGCUCGGCGUCUUCCCUACCCCGUCCUCGUUCGGCGAGCGCGAGAACCGCCAGCACCCGCGGUCACCUCCUCGCAUCCGCGUCUUGGCCAGCUCGCCGGCACACCACGCCGCCGCGCACAACGGCUACUCGUCCGACGAGUCGUCCGCCGACCUGUCGCCGUCCCUCCUGCGCGUCAAGGCGUUCCCCCAAUCCUUCUCGGCCGCACCCUCGUCCUCGUCCUCCUCUUCUCGCCGCACCCCGUCCUCCCGACCCUCGUUCCUCGCCUCCCUCGUCCCCAAGCGCUUCCGCCCGCGCUCAGCCCUCGACUCGCCGCCUCUCGAGGUCCCCCGAUCCCCCUCCCUCCUCCGCCCGCACCCCUCGACCCGCCACGGCCCGUCCUCCCGACGCGCCUGCACCCCUCGACGCGCCCUCGUCGUCCUCAUGCUCGCCGCCCUCGUCGUCGCCCUACACGCGACGGGCGUCGAUCACGCACGCGACCAGGUCGAGCGCUGGCGAGCCCGAGGGAGCGCCGUGCUCGGCGGCGACGGCCGCGCGUUCUCGUUCGCGGCCAAGGUCGAGGAGCCGGCGCCGCGACGGGCAGGCGACGAGGCGCAGAAGCGACCGCGCGAGGUCGUGCGCGCGCCCGAGAUGGAGAAGCGGCCCCGGCCGCACCGGGCGGCCAAGGUCGAGGAGAAGGCCGGGCAGCGGGCGGGUCCUGCGCGCCCCAAGGUCGUCGACGCUGCGCCCGCAGGUGACGCGGCGCUGCCGUUCGUCGCCGAGCCGGCGGGCAACGAGCCGGCGUCGGCUCCUCGCGGCGGCGGCGCCGAGGCGGCCGAGGACGAGCAGGCCGGGCUCGAGGCGGUGGUGCAGCAGGCCGAGCAGGAGGCGGCGCGCGCCGAGGUCGAGCUCAACGAGCAGCUCGAGAUGGAGAAGGUGUCGGUCAAGCACAAGAAGCCGCGACCGAUGAAGGUGCACCACAAGGCCGACAAGGCCGCCGUCGACGCCAUCGUCGCCGUCCCCGCCGAGGCUGAGGCCAAGGCGCAGGCCGCCGUCGACAAGGCCGUCACUGCCGCGAGGAAGAAGGCGGCCGACCGCAAGAAGAAGGACGCGUCGCGGUACAAGCGCCUCCUGCCGACCGGCGUCCCGCCUCGCCGCCACCUGUACGGCGCCAACUUUGUCCUGUCGGCCGACGACCUCGAGGCGCAGACCGAGGUCGAGGACCCAGAGCUCACCAACGCCAUGGUCAAGGUCCCGACCGCCAAGCAGCUCGCCAAGCUGUUCGCCCAGGGCAAGAAGCGGUACGCCGAGGACGAGGACGACUGGCGCUCGUUCGAGUGGAAGGCGCCGCCGGCCGACGCCUCGCUCCAGCGCUUUGUCGACAAGCUCGAUCCCGAGGAGCGCACCUUGCGCGACUGGGUCCAGCACCUGCACAAGCUCCCGGUGGGUCACGGCGUCGGUCUCGGCGCCGGCGCGCCGCACGAGCUUGCGCCGCUCGGCGACGUACCGACGUUCGACCGCGGCAGCCGCGACAAGUGGGCGGCGCUCGUCGUUGAGUCGCAGGAGGGCCACGCGGGCAAGUGCCAGGGGUCCAACUGGCUCGAGAAGUACGAGACGAUGCACGCCGAGAUGCUCGAGGGCAAGCGGGACCCCAAGUUCAUCUCGUACCACUGCGAGCAGGGCAUCAACUGCGGCGGCCUCGGCGACCGACUACUCGGCAUGACCUCGGCCUUCUUCUUCGGCCUCAUGACGCAGCGAGCGUUUCUCGCCGAAUGGCAAUCACCUGUGCCCCUGGACGUCAUAUUUGACUCGCCGCAUGUCAACUGGUCGCACUCGUCGUUCACGGCCGACCGGCACCCCGUCCUCAGGCAGAAGCGCCUCGCCGCGUCGGCUGCCGACCUCGACAUCAUCCACUUUGACCGCCUCAGCGUCGACGCGACGUUCGGCACCGUCAGCUGGAACCCCAAGCUCGGGCGCAAGCCGACGCCGGGCUUUGAGCGGCGCGACUUGGCGUACCAGUCGCCCUGGAUCAAGAUGUACACGAACCGCGGCAUGAUCUACCGGUCGUUCAAGUACAAGCACCUGCAGAAGAGCAUCAACCGGCUCGGCCUCGAGCCGACGACGGCCUUUGCGUGCAUCAGCCAGUACCUGUUCAAGCCCAAGCCGCCUGCGCUCGACCUCAUCACGCAGUACACGUCGGUCCUCGCGCUCCCGACCGUCUUCUCGGUCGGCAUCCACGUCCGCACAGGCGACCAGAGCAUGCGCGACCCCGAGUACGACAAGGUCAACACGGUCAAGCGCCACGUGUCCUUCUUCCGCUGCGCGCGCGAGCUCGGCGAGACGUACGCCCGCAAGGACCAGCGCGUCGUCUUCUACCUCGUGACCGACAGCGCGCACCUCAAGCACGACGCGCAGCGCGUCCUCGGCAACAAGCUCGUCACGACCGACAUGGUGCCGCAGCACGUGCACCAGAAGAGCGGCCACGUCGACGGCGUGAUGAACGCCGUGGUCGAGGACUGGAUUCUCGCCAAGGCCGACAUGCUCGUCGCGACUCAGGACUCGGGCUUUGGCAAGCUCGCGUCGUUCAUGAUGGCCAAGCCCAACGCGACCGUCACCAUCUUCCCCAAGUUCAACCCGGACGUGAUGGGCCUCAUGAGCAAAAAGUCGCACGUCAAGGUCGACUGCACCUCGCCCACCGUGUUCACGAGCUUCGACCAGCUUAGCUCAGAGUGGUCCCUAGGGUGA